AUGGAUGACUCGAUCUUCCUCGUAUUUAUCAGUGCCCUAAACAGGUACUUCGAUACCAUUCAGUAUCACGACGACAUCUAUGAUCAUGAGACGCGUGUAGCAACCCUUCGCCAUAUCUACGCAGAGACUGCCAAGUACUUUGAUCAGCCUAAGCAGAGGGCAGCGAUCAAAGCCCAGCCUACAAGAUUCAAGGCCAUCAUGCGCACCAGCUCUCAGGUCGUGGUGUACUACUGGCCCAAGUGCUCGCUAGACGUUAUGGUUGCUGUCAGUGUCUAUUUUGUUCACAUUGUCCUCCUCGACGACAGCACCAACAACCCAAGCCCCUUGAUGUUGACAUUUGGCAACGAUCUCAUCAAGAGCGAGCCGCAGAAGCACCCAUUUUGGUCGCUGAUGAACGCUCACCUAAGCAAGUUUCUCAGCUACUAUGGGGGACUUUGCUCCCUCGCCAUCCUCAGGAGCACCUUUGAUUACUUUCAGGGUUCUGAGUACUUCCCAGGCUUCUUGCGUCGCUUGAAUGGGCUUGGGGGCAUCUAUGGUGGAAGCUUAUUCCCUCGCGACGACUUUGACGAGGAUGCCCUAUUCCCCCAGAUUACAACUGCUAUCGCUGAACUAGAGAUUCCUAUCGCCUUCAUCAAUGACCUAAUGUCUUUCUAUAAGGAAUACGGUAACCCAAGAGAUGAGGUGAACCUGGUCUCGAACUGGUGCACCACUGAGGGGCUCUCCAUCUCCGAAUACUUCGAAAGACUCACCAACGAAACCUAUCGCGGCUCCAAGCGCCACUUCUGCGAUAAAAGAUUCCGUUUCAAAGAAUCGUAUGAGCGAUGCGGUGACAACCCCGAGGAGCUCAAGUUCCGCAAGUACUACGAGAAAGCCAUGGCUAUUAGAACCAUUGACUUCAAGGAAUGGACUGUCUGGCUCCCUGUCAACGGUGCCGAGAAGAUGGCGGAGAUGAAUGGAAUCCCCAAUGAAGUCACUAAUGGUAUUCAUGAUGGGGAGGCGGAAGGUUUGAAGAACGGUAUUUCGCACGGGCUAGGCAAUGGAGAACUUCUGAACCUGUAUGCCACGCCCAUGGUGGCUAAGUAA